GCUACAGACUAGUUCUCCGUCUGCAACUAAACGUUAAUAUCAGCAGGUUUGUCGAGAACUGCAGGGUCUCUGGAAAAUGUAUUUAUUUUACACGUCGCUGAUUUUGUGCGUCCUCUGCGCAUGUCACUUGACCAAAGCCACCUGUGACGAGCUUUUGACCGCAGAAGAUGCUGAGUUUUGCAAGGGAGGGUUAAAGGUAUUUUACCCUGAUCUGGUUGUCGACAAAUGCUUGAUCGUCCCUCAGAGGAUCAGAGAGAAGAUCAGUAUGGAGUGGGGAUCACCUGAAGUACUCCUGCCACAUGCUGAGGAGGAGAAGAAAUACACCCUAUUAAUGGUAGAUCCAGAUGCCCCCAGUCGUCUGAAUCCCUCUCGGUCUUACUGGAGACACUGGUUACUGGUUGACAUUAAGGGUGAAGCACUUCAGACAGGAGACGUCAGAGGCACUGAACUGUCUGCAUAUGCCCGCCCUACUCCACCUAAAGGCACUGGACUGCACCGCUACCAGAUUCUUGUGUUUGAGCAGCCUAAAGGCCGGAAACUUUCCCUUACUAAAGAGGAGAAGCGCUCACGGGGUAACUGGGAUCUGCAGGCAUUUAUUCAGAGGUUUGGUCUGUCUGGAGCGAAGGCUUCUCUUCAGUUUCUCACCCAAAACUACAAGGACUAAA